AUGAAGGUGGAGGAAUUGAUUAUUGAUGGUUUCAAAUCAUACGCUACAAGAACAGUCAUUACCGACUGGGACCCUCAAUUCAAUGCUAUUACAGGUUUAAAUGGGUCUGGUAAAUCGAACAUUUUGGACGCCAUUUGCUUCGUGCUCGGUAUUGCAUCCAUGAGCACUGUGCGGGCAUCUAGUUUGCAGGAUCUGAUAUAUAAACGUGGCCAAGCUGGCGUUACAAAGGCGAGCGUAACCAUUGUUUUCAAUAACACCGAUAAAUUAAACUCUCCAAUUGGGUUUACCAACUCACCGCAGAUCUCUGUUACGAGACAGGUGGUGCUUGGUGGAACUUCCAAAUAUCUUAUAAAUGGCCAUAGAGCACCGCAACAGUCCGUUUUGCAGUUAUUCCAGUCCGUGCAACUGAACAUUAACAAUCCAAAUUUUUUGAUCAUGCAAGGUAAAAUUACAAAAGUUUUGAACAUGAAGCCCUCAGAGAUCUUGUCAUUGAUUGAAGAAGCAGCCGGUACAAAAAUGUUCGAAGAUCGUAGAGAGAAGGCUGAAAGGACUAUGUCCAAGAAGGAAACCAAGCUACAAGAAAGUAGAACUCUUUUAACAGAAGAAAUUGAACCUAAACUAGAAAAACUUCGAAACGAAAAGAGAAUGUUCCUGGAAUUUCAGUCUACACAGACCGACUUGGAAAAGACCGAAAGAAUUGUGGCCUCUUAUGACUACUAUAACAUCAAACAUAAGCACACAUCGAUAAGAGAAACCUUGGAAAACGGAGAGGCCCACAUGAAGAAGUUGAAUGACUUUAUUCGGAAGACCAGUGAAGAAAUCGAAAGUUUGAACGAAGAUAUUCGAGAAAUAAAACAUCAAAAGGAAAAGGAAUUACAUAAGGAGGGUAGAAUUUUCAAAUUGGAAGCGCAGGAAAAUGGCCUCUUGAAUGAAAUUUCUCGUUCGAAAACCUCACUGUCUAUAAAGAUGGAAAAUUUAAAUGACACUAAUGGAAAAUUGAAGGCUGUGGAAUCGGAAAUUGCAAGUGCCUCGGCAAAGCUAAAUGAAAAGAAAACGGAAUAUAUCAAGACUGAAGAAGAUUAUAAGACGGCUCAGGGACAACUCAGUAAACAAAGAGAUCUUUACAAAAGGAAAGAAGAAUUAGUAUCCACAUUAACCACCGGUAUUUCGUCUACUGGCGCGGCAGAUGGUGGUUAUAAUGCACAAUUGAUUAAGGCAAAAACUGAGUUGAACGACAUCUCCUUGGCGAUAAAAAAGUCAAAUAUGAAAAUGGAGCUGUUGAAGAAAGAACUAUUAGCUAUUGAACCCAAGUUGAAGAACGCUACAAUGGAUAACGAAUUGAAUAUUAAGCACGUUAAGGACUGCCAAGAAGUUUGUAAUAGACUACAAGCACAAUUAACAGAAUAUGGGUUUGAUCCAUCGCGAAUCAAAGAUUUAAAGCAAAGAGAAAAUGAAUUGAAGAGUCGAUAUUAUCAAAUAUCUAAUGACUCUGAAUAUCUAAAGAGGCGUGUGGCAAACUUGGAGUUUAAUUAUACGACACCUUAUCCCGAUUUCAAAGCCAACUUUGUCCAUGGUGUGGUGGGUCAGCUUUUUCAGUUAGAUUAUGACAAUAUUCGCUAUUCUACCGCUUUGCAAACGUGUGCCGGGGGAAGGCUUUUUAAUGUUGUUGUUCAAGAUUCCCAAACGGCCACUCAGCUUUUAGAAAGAGGACGAUUACGCAAGCGUGUGACUAUAAUACCCCUUGACAAAAUUUACGCAAGAACAAUAAAUCCUCAAGUUCUUGAGUUGGCUAAGACAGUCGCUCCUGGUAAAGUCGAAUUGGCUAUCAAUUUGAUAAAAUUUGAUAAAACUGUCACUAAGGCAAUGGAAUUCAUUUUCGGAAAUAGCUUAAUUUGCGAAGAUCCUGAAACUGCGAAGAAAAUUACCUUCCAUCCCAAAAUUCGCAUUAGAAGUAUCACCCUUCAGGGUGAUGUAUAUGAUCCAGAAGGUACAUUAUCUGGUGGUAGUAAAAAUACCUCUGACUCUUUAUUAGUCGAUAUUCAAAAGUACAACCAAAUUCAAAAAAAAAUUGGAACUCUUCAAGCUGACCUUAAUCAUGUCACCGAAGAAUUACAGCGGCAAUAUGCUACUUCACAAAAGACAAAGACUGUUCAAAAUGAUUUGAGUGUUUCAGUACAUAAAUUGGAUUUGGCUAAGCGUAAUCUAGAAGUGAAUCCAGCCUCCCAAAUAAUGGCUAGGAACGAAGAAAUUCUAAGAGACAUUGGAGAGUGCCAAAAUGAAAUCAAGGCCAAUGAAAUGAUUUUAGAAAAAUGUCAAGAAGAAGUUUCGAGUAUUGAAAAAGACAUGAAAGAAUAUGAUAACGAUAAAGGAUCAAAACUAAAUGAAUUAAAGAAAGAAUUGAAGUUGUUGGCCAAAAGCUUGGAAGAGCAAGAAUCAGAAUCAGAAACCAAAUAUGACCUGUUCCAAAAUUUAGAAUUGGAAACAGAACAGUUAAGUUCAGAAGUAGAUUCUAAUAAAGUGCUACUGCAAAACUAUCUAAACUCUAUUGACAGUUUAGAAUCUGAAAACUCCGAAUUGGAAAAGGAAAUACGAGGUAUAGAAGAUAAUCUUGCAACGAUCCAAACGGAACUGAAUGAAGAAAAAAAAAGGUUAAUGGAUAUUGAUGAUGAAAUAACGGAGGUAGAAACAUUAAUGAAGAAGAAACAGGAAAGGAAAAAGGGCAGUGAAUUGGAACUACAAAAAUUGAUCCACGACUUGAAUAAAUAUAAAUCCAAUACGAAUAAUAUAGAGAAGAGGAUUGAACAGCUGCGACAGAAAUACGAAUUUCUUGAAGAUUUUGAUCUAGUGACAAAUAUUGUUAAACAAAAUGAAGGCAUUGAUUUGGACACCUAUAGAGAGAGAAGUAAGCAAUUGAAUGAGAAGUUUCAGGAGUUAAGAAAAAGGGUUAAUCCUAAUAUUAUGAAUAUGAUAGAGAACGUUGAGAAAAAAGAAGUAGCCUUAAAAACGAUGAUAAAAACAAUUGAAAAAGAUAAAAUGAAAAUCCAGGAGACAAUAUCGAAAUUAAACGAAUACAAAAGAGAGACCUUGGUCAAAACAUGGGAAAAAGUGACACUUGAUUUUGGUAACAUUUUCGCCGAUCUUUUACCAAAUUCAUUUGCCAAAUUGGUUCCAUGCAAAGGUAAGGAUGUGACGCAAGGUUUAGAGGUUAAAGUGAAGCUUGGUAGUAUAUGGAAGGAUAGUUUGAUUGAGCUAUCCGGCGGGCAAAGGUCCUUGAUUGCUUUGUCGUUGAUUAUGGCAUUGCUACAAUUUAGGCCAGCGCCUAUGUAUAUCCUGGAUGAAGUUGAUGCUGCUCUUGAUUUGAGCCAUACGCAAAACAUAGGUCAUCUAAUCAAAACAAGAUUCAAAGGAUCUCAGUUCAUCGUCGUUUCCCUCAAAGAGGGCAUGUUUUCCAAUGCCAACAGGGUCUUUAGGACGAGAUUUCAAGAUGGUACUUCUGUAGUUAGUAUAAUGUAA